AUGUCAUGUGAUUUGGCGAAAGAAAUACUUUUCCUGCCAAAAAACACAACUUCAAAAAUUCAGCCUAUAGAUGCUGGGAUUAUCGCAUCCUUCAAACUUCAUUAUCACCACCUACAACUUCAACAUGCAAUAGAUCAUGAUGAAGCUAGAGAAAAUGAUAUUUAUAAAACCAUUAAAAAUUGCUGGGUUCAUACAAAAAUUAUAUCACCUCAUGAUGAAUCUGGAAUGCCUAUCAUCUCUGAAAGUAGAAAUAGAAAUAUGAGAGAAAAUUUAGUAGAAGAAAAUCUAAAUCUUGAAGGUAAAGAGAAUAUGCAUCAACAAUUUACAGACGACGACUUUGUCCAAGGUGCAAUUGAAGUAGAACAAGGGGAAGAGAAAAAAGUUGUAGAACCAUUUCUGUCUCCAAAAGAAAAAUUAGCUAUCUUGCAUGAAGCCCUGAAAAUUGUGGUUGAAAUGGUUGAUGAUAAUAGAAUAACAAUGAAAUCUUUGCACAAGAUACAAACCCACAUUCGUAAGAAAGUUCAAAGGGAAAAGAAUGAAAA